AUGAACUGCAUUGUCAGGAUCAUGCUAUCAAAGCCCAAGACCAAGGGAGCCUUUGACAGCUUUACUCCGAAUGGCAUCAUCAUCCCCAAAAGAGAGAAACCUAGAUACAGCUACCAAAAAGAGGACAACCCACCAAACACUCUGCAAAAAGAAACUACAGUCCUUGGAAUUAUACAGAUUAUGUGCUGCCUGCUGAUUUCAAGUUUGGGGGCGAUUUUGGUUUCUGCUCCUUACUCUUCCCACUUCAAGCCAACAACUUCCACCAUUUUGAUGUCUGGGUACCCAUUUGUAGCAGCUACACGUUUUGCCAUUACUGGAUCCCUCUCGAUCAUUUCUGGGAAAAAGGCAACUAUGCCCUUUGCCACGAGCACCCUGACCGCAAGUGCAGCGAGUUCUCUAGCUGGAACAGGCCUCUUCCUCCUUGCUGACAGCCUGGUAGCCUUGGAGAGGGCCUCUCGACCGUGUGACUCAGAAAGGGAAUACCUAUCCUCACUGGCUUAUUAGGGGUACUAUUAUUCAACUUAUGAAUUCAAGGACUGUCUCCUGGCUAGUGUCAGUCUGACGGGGGUGCUGGUGGUGAUGCUCAUUUUCACUGUGCUGGAACUCUUAACGGCUACCUACGCUUCCAUCCUUUGGUGGAAACAGCUGUACUCCAAGAACCCAGGGAGUACAUUUUCCAUGCCUCAGUCACAAGGUCAUAUCCAACAUGUCAAAAAUCCUUCAAGGUCAUGCAUAGGAGUAACGCCUCAGAAGAAAAAGGAGAAAGCCAGGGCUCCUGGCAAAGUGUGGUUAGACUCUCCUGAAAUUUCAGCUACUUUAGACACUGAAAGAAACCUUUAG